UAUACUUCAAACAACUCAUCCCAACAUCACACACUCAACACAGCAGUUCAGGAAGUUGCAGUGUCUCAAAUAUAAUCUGAGAACUGAACAUAUUUGAGGAGACACUAUAUCACUGGCUCUAAAAUGAAUCUCUAUGAGGGGAGAAAGGAGGAUGUUCACUAUCAAAACAAGAGAGUAGCAUCUCCAGAGCCCAGCUGUGUGUCUAUGAGGAGUGACAGAUCCAUGCCAGAACCCCCUACCUUCAGCACUGGAUCCGUGGCCUUUAACCCCAGUGACGCUGAGAACAAGAGAGCAGCAUCUCUAGAGCCCAGCUGUGUGUCUAUGAGGAAUGACAGAUCCAUGCCAGAACCCCACAUCUUCAGCACUGGAUCCCUGGCCUUUAACUCCAGUGACACUGAGAACAAGAGAGCAGCAUCACCAGAGGCCAGCAGUGUGUCUAUGAGGAGUGACAGAUCCAUGCCAGAACCGCCUAACUUCAGCACUGGAUCAGUGACCUUUAACCCCAGACGUGAUCAGAUUGAAGACCUGCAGCAGGAUUCCCACCAACCAGAUGAUCAACUACAGAGAGUUAAAGACCAGCACAAAACCAGCAUGAAGAACAAGUAUGAGAGAUUAUUUGAGGGAAUCAACCUACACAAGACUCAAACCCUCCUGAACAGGAUAUACACACAGCUCUACAUCAUAGAGGGAGAGAAAGGAAUAAAUAAAGAACAUGAGGUUUUACAGAUGGAGAAAACAGCCAGAACAAAACAUUCACAAGACAGUCCAAUUAACUGCAAUGACAUCUUUAAAGCUUCACCUGAACCAGGAUGUGAGGAGAAAGACCAAAUCAAGACUGUUCUUACUAAAGGCAUUGCUGGAAUCGGAAAAACUGUUUCAGUGCAGAAGUUCAUACUGGACUGGGUCGAGGGAAAAGCCAAUCAGGAUGUAGACUUCAUGUUUGUACUUCCAUUUCGAGAGCUGAACUUGAUCCGAGAUCAUAGGUACAGUCUUCAUAGACUUCUGCUGGACUUUUAUCCUGAACUUCAAGAUCUGGACUCAAAGAUUUAUGAGGAGUGUAAAGUUGUGUUCAUCUUUGAUGGUCUGGAUGAAAGCAGAAUCACACUGAUGUUUUCAGAUGAUCAUAAAGUUUGUGAUGUGACUGAGACUUCAUCAGUGGGUGUGUUGAUGUCAAACCUCAUGAAAGGAGAAUUGCUUCCCUCUGCUCUCAUCUGGAUCACCUCCAGACCAGCAGCAGCCAAUCAGAUCCCCUCUGACUACAUCAACCGUUUGACAGAAAUUCAGGGAUUCAAUGAGACUCAGAAGGAGGAAUAUUUCAGAAAGAGAAUCAGUGACCAGCAUCAAGCCAGCAGAAUCAUCUCACACAUCAGAAGAGCAAGAAGCCUCCACAUCAUGUGCCACAUCCCCGUCUUCUGCUGGAUCUCAUCGACUGUGCUUCAGAAGCUCCUGAAGGAUGAUCUGAGAGCAGAAAUCCCUCAAACUCUGACUGAAAUGUACAUUCACUUCCUGCUGAUUCAGAUCAACAUAAGGAAUCAGAAGUAUGAAGAGAGAGAUCCAAAGAAACUCCUGCAGUUAAACAAAGAAGUGAUUGUGAAACUUGCUGAAGUGGCUUUCAAACAGCUGAUGGAGGGCAAUGUGAUGUUCUAUGAGGAAGACCUGAUUGAGAGCGGCAUAGACGUCACUGACGCCUCAGUGUAUUCUGGGAUUUGCACUGAGAUUUUUAAGGAGGAAUCUGUGAUUCAUCAGAGGAAAGUCUACAGCUUCAUUCAUCUGACCUUUCAGGAGUUUCUCGCUGCUUUCUAUGAGUUUUACUGCUAUUUAACAAAGAACAUGGAGCCAGUGGAGUUGUUUCUGGAUGAUAAAUAUACGAGUUACAGGUAUAGAUCUGAGGAAAACUUCCUGUAUGAGCUGCUAAAAUCAGCAGUAGAUAAAGCACUCCAGAGUGAAAAUGGGCAGCUGGAUCUGUUCCUCCGGUUCCUGCUGGGCGUCUCAUUGGAGUCCAAUCAGAGACUCUUACAGGAUUUCCUGACACACACAGAGAACAGCUCAAGGAGCAUCAAGACAAUCACACUGUAUAUUAAAGACAAGAUCAAGAGAGGUGACUAUACCAUGAAACUUUCAGCUGAUAGCUCCAUUAAUCUGUUCCUCUGUCUGCUGGAAGUGAAAGAUCAGACUCUGACCAGAGAGAUUCAAGAUUUUGUGAAAUCAGACAAACACUCAAAGCAGAAACUCUCUCUGUCUCACUGCUCAACAAUCGCCUACAUUCUUCAGAUGUCAGAGGAGGUGCUGGAUGAGCUUGAUCUCAUGAAAUUCAACACAUCAGCUGAGGGAAGAGGAAGACUGAUACCAGCUGUGAUCAGCUGCAGAAAAGCCCUAAUUGCAGAAUGUUGGCCUUUUGAUCAGCACUGUGAAACUGUGUGUUCAGCUUUACAAUCAUCAAAUUCCAAUUUGAGAGAGCUUGAGCUGAGUGUAAAUGACCUGAGGGAUUCGGGAGUGAAGCUGUUGUCUGAUGCACUGAAGAGUCUAAACUGUCAGCUGGAGAUACUGAGGUUUGACUUUAACAUUCACUCAUUUACUGUUUCAUUAUUAUACCCUUUGUAUAUUGUAAUGUGAAUGUAUCAGUGGCAUUUGUUUAAUUUAGGGUUUAUUUUAAGACUAUGCAGUGUGGAUUAUAUAAUUAGUC